AUGAAAGAAGACUUAGAAAGCAUCCACGCUGAAGCACCAAAUCCACCAUCAACCAAUGCCCAUCCCGUCACCGACAAAAAUGAAAAAAAAGAUGAAAAAAAAACUGGUACAGACACGACCAACAAAUCUUGGGCUCAAACCUUGGCUGCAAACGGGGGUAAAAACAUUAGAAAACUAGUACCAGAUGAAAUUGACAUCUUGGGUCAUAAGGCUCAUAAACACUACAUCACUCUUGAAGCAAAAAUUGCAGAAGGUAAAACUAAAUUAACUGAGGAAGAAAUGAACAAUUACAACAAAUACAACUGUAUAAUUGCCUACGGUCAAGGACUCACUUUAAGUCAAUGGUCCACUUCCAUCGAAAAAUUGAAAGAUGUUCCAGAAGAAAUGAAAAUGGAACUUUACUCCAGAAUGGGAUCAGCCUCGAUUAAAUCAAAUGGUUUAGUCUACGAAUUUAGCCAAACCGGUAACAUCGAUGUGGAAGAAGUGAUCCAACUCUUAAGAGACCAUCUCCUAAUCAAGACUCCAGAAGUUCGUAAGAGGAACUUAAUGGACUUAAUCUCAACCAUUGAAAGCAUCAAACAAGAUCUCUUAAAUAUUGGAGAAGUUGAACAUGGGGACAACAUCUCCAUGCAGAUGGAAACGGAUAUGAAGGCUAGAUUAAGUUAUCUCCUUCACCAAAAAUGGGAGACUGAAUUAGAAACUUUGGUACACCAAGCAAUUCACAUUGCGCCAAUCGAGGGUAAUAAAGUCUUAGUGGAAAUUCUUCCAAUUAUCCCAAUGGAUCUCGCGCGUCUCAUCUACCCUAACCAAGACAAGUUAGAAUCAUAUAUUAGACGCUACUUGGAAACUUACGGAACGAUCAUUGUAGAUGAUCAAAAUGCAAUUCAAAUUACAGAAAAAGAUGAAAUCCUUCGUCAAUUGGCAAUCAUCAAAUAUAGUUUACCAAUUGCUCACGCUAAAAAUGCAGAAUGGACUCUCCCCGAGUUCUUUGUGAGAAAUUACUCCCUCAAAUCUGAGAGAAAGAAUAAGAAAUUGAAGGGGUCAUGCCCAGUUGAGAGGUUGCCACAACAUAUCAAAGAGGCGACGGAGUGGAGUAAUCCAACGAGAGAAAUGCCUUUCAAAAUGAUCCAUGCUAGCCCAUUGCCAACAAUCCCAACCUACAUGGUCCCACCAAAUUUGAAAGUAACUAGAUUUUUCCUUGUUGAGUUACCGGAAAACAAAGUUCCUGACGCGUCACGCUUCUAUUUGGAAAAUCACAAAGUUGAAAUUGUUUCCCAUUUGCAAUUUUGUGGGAGAUGCCACACAUUAGAUCACACUCGUUUCUAUUGUAGUGUCGAAUGUACCCGUUGUGGGAAAGCGGGACACAGCGGUCAUGCCCACCAUUCUUACAAGAGAAACCAACAAGAAACUGCUACGAACACAUCAUCCAAAGAGGGAUCCAACCAGCAACAACCAACUACACCAGUUAGAAUCCUCCAAAGAAACCCAUCCAGUUCCGAUUUUCAAGUAGCAAACCACCAUGGCACCUCACGCAAAACUCCACAAGCCACACAACCACCCCACCAAACCAACAUGUUUUUAAAUCUUCCACAAGAAGAAGAGAAAGAAAGUAUUGCAGAAUCAACGGAAGACAACCACUCCGAGUCAAAUACAAAUGCACCAAGUGAAUUUCUUAAGACCAAUUCCAUCCCUGCCUCAACUGAUUCCAAUGUCAAUGUUAACAGCACAUUGAACACCACUAAAAAGGUAAUCAAUACCAACACUCAAACUCAACCCAAUGAACCUAAUGCGGAAACAACUUCUAACAUUGAAUUAUCAACUGAUCAAGACAUGGAGGAUGUUGAAUCAACUUCGAACACUGAAUCAUCAAUCGAUCAAGAAAUGGAGGAUGCAGAAACCACUUUCAAACAAGUUUCUACUCCUCAAACACCCUCAAGAAGUACAAGAAGCUCAGAAAGGGUAUCUACCAAACCAAAUUCCACCCCUAGAUCACUCAAGGCUGCAUCAUCUACAAAAAUUGGCCAAAUCAGACCAACCACUUCUUCAAAAUCAUUGAAAAUUGCCGGCUCAUCUAGAUCUCACAAGGCCAUAAUCUCAACUCCUGUGAAGCCAACCAGACCAAGGAAAACUACCGCUUCUACGGACGCACCCGACAUACAAGAGGAAGUCCCAGAUCCUCAAGAUACCAGAUCUGCAAUUUUAGAGAUGGAGACCGUCAGUCAACAAACGUACCCCAUCUAUUCAGAGGAUUUCACGCAACAACAGCAACAACAACAACAAUCUAUUAUCACUGGGCCCCCAAAUGCAGAUCAAUCAGCUCAGUUUGCUUCCCAACAUUUGGAAGCACCCACCUCAAAUAAUUUAUAA